GAGCUAGCGCUAGCUAGCUAACCUCUCCUUUCUUUUCAUUGAAAAGAAGCGAAGGAGGUUGACAGCUUUACGAAAAUAGGGAAUGAUGUUUGUGGUCGCUAGAAGAAGUCUUUCGUGUCUUCUCGUAAUACAUGAUCAGAAAUAGGUAAGCCGUAUCUCUUGAAGAUUUUGUCGUGCAAGUUAGUUGGACAACGGUGAGCCUGCGCUUCAGGAGCGUUCUGGGUGCAUGCGUGAAGGUCCCGUUCCUUCAUCCAAACAGUUGAGGAGACGUUCUUAUGAAACAGCGGCCUGAACUGACCCUCGAGUCGCUUGCAUACACUACACUAGACAUUUACACCUUGACAAGUUGAGUCAGUGCUCAUCGCUACCGAGAUUCUCAGAUGAACGCUCCCCCUCAGCAGUGCGGAUCAUGGCGGUUAUCAGUACUGAGCUGUAUUGCAACGCCAACCGUGCUAUCGUGGUGCUCAUUGCUUUGCUGCCCGCGGUGGUGCUUUCAGCCAGUAUGAAUGGUGAAUGCUUCUGGUUUUAAUCUGACAAGUGCAUCGGAGCAGCUUGAGUUCAGCCAUGACCAGCUUACAGCCCAGCUCAAUGAGAGUACCAUUGGCAACUGCUCCACGGACGACAUUUUCAGCCUGUCUGCACUGCGUCCACACGCACAGGCAUGGCUUGUGCUGGUCGCCGAUAGACUGAUACAGGGGAGCAGCAAUGACAGUGUAACUCUGAGAGCUAUUUCCAACUUGAUUCUGACCAGUUGGCCCGGGACGGUGUUCAAGUGCGCCGCAUCACCACUGUACGACACGAUCAACAAGAUGGAGAUAGUCAACGGCCUCGGUGGAAACAGCUACAGCAUAGAGCGCGGCAACAGCUCAUGCCUGGUAGCGCUGCACAACUCCUCGUCGGUUAUCCUGACGGGAAUAGCCUUCCAGAAGUGCGUGAGUAAUGAUGUUCAGCCUGCGGCCGUGGAGGUAGUAUCCUCCAGGGAUGUAUACGUUGUCCGCUCCAGAUUCAGUGACAACUUUGGCCCCGCAGUAGCGAUAGUGAACUCGUCGACGGUCGUUUCUGCCUGCACAUUCCAGGACAACAUUCGCUUUGGCACGGUCAGCAAGAGCAGAGUGUUCAAUCCACUGCAGGGAAGCAGCAGCAUGAUUGUCGCGAUCGGCGAUAGCGAACCGCACGUCGUGACCAUAGCCGACUCGGUGUUCAACGGCAACAUCAACACGCAGACCAAGACGGAUGACUAUGCCCGCGACAAGGGUGGCCACGGCGCAGGCCUCAGCGUCACGUUUCACCACGCGCACGGCCAGCCGGUCGUCAGGAUUACCAACUCCACGUUCUUCCAGAACGCUGCACGCCAGUUCGGCGGCCUGAACUGACCCUCAAGUCGCUUAGAUGCAGUACACUGGACAUGUACACAUUGACAAGUUAAAUCAGUGCUCAUUGCUACCUAGAUUCUCAGACGAAUGGUCCCCCAUAGCAGUGGUCAUAGCGGUUAUCAGUACUGCGCUGAAUUAUAUCGCCAACCGUGCUAUCGUACUGCUCACUACUCUGCUGCCCGCGGUGGUCCUUUCAGCCAGUCUGAAUGGUGACUGGUUCAAGUAUGAUCUCACACUUUUAGUGUACCAGACCAGCUUGAAUUCAGCCAUUACCAGCUCACCACCCAGGUCAAUUGAAGCACCAUUGGCAACUGCUCCACAAACCAUCGCCAGGGACACAAACUUUCAGAGACGUUUCGUUUCCAGCAUGACAAACCAUGUCUGUUCAACGUCUGUUCUUAUUGGCCACAAGCGACACUGACUCACGCUAGUAUCAGGUGUUCACGAGGUGUUUUUCGUGCUGGAAACGGAGAGUCUCUGUACGUUUGUCUCCCUGGUGAUAGUUUGACAUGGAGAGCACUAUAAGUGAUGUUCCUCCCACACAAUCUUCCUCAGGCUACUCAAGCUCCCGAAGGACUGUGUAUUGAGCAGGGAGUGGUGCUUUCUUGCAGGUUUGCCGAGUCGAAGGUUCAAUGGACUUCUCGUGUGCUCUGGAGUCAGUCUUGAGGCAGUCAAAUAUCAAGUCAAGUCGGCGCAAACGCGAGGUACGGUGUGGGGAGCAAACACUUUCCCUAUGCAAUCAUUGCCGAAGUCGCUUCCACUAUCUGUCAUCAUAAUAACUCUUGAAACCAUUGGUUUUUUCCAGAUUUUCCCGUUGGUGUCUUUUCCUCAAACCAGUGAAUAUCUUUCCAUAAUCAUAGAAAUUGUAAAAAACAGUACUAGAAACAGAAAACAGUCAAUUACUUGAAUGUGUUCACACCAAUGAUCAUAGAAUCACAAUACUGAACUUCUAAAGAAUAUUGUUUUUAAAAAUAAGAGCAGGUGAUAAACACCACACAUUAAUUGUAAACGAGAACUAUCAAUAUUCUGCAGAAUACAUACAUGUAUAGCAACUUUCGGAAUAAUGGCAAUGUCUACACUACGGUUCAUUCAUUGCAACUACAUGUGCUACCAACACGUUUUGGUGUCUCCGGCCUACAUGAUAGCUGUAGGUCUUGUGAAAGCAACAGUCCUGCACACUGCAUUCUGUCACCCGGGCAAUUAUUCUUCCCCACAUUUUGAGCGAGAAAAUUCCUACAACAGAAAUUUAGCCAGGUUUUACAAAAUUAGAACAUGUAUGCCAUUGCAAAAUGUAUGGAGAAGCAAAUAGAAAAUCCAACCUUUUCAAGUUUAAGGUGGGUUUCGAGCAUCAGUUUGGCCAGAAUUGGGCAUUGAAAACCCAGUGGGACUAUUUUGGAUGAUUGAACUGUAAUGAAAACCAUGGCCAAACUGUAAAAUUAAA